GGACGGAAUCGCAUAAUCCUAUUGGCUAAGGGGUAAGCCUUAUACCAGGAAUGGAAUGGAAAAUACAGUGAAAGAAAGUCCAACAACCAAAAAAAAUACUACCCGAGUCCACCAGUCCACGUAACUAUUUUUAUUACGUGUCGAUACAAGUACUAUCAUGCCACCACCGUUAACAUAUUCUAGAUUUUCUUCUCUUUCAUCCCGUAUUCUUGUUUUCUAGGUGCAUUCCCUGUCAUUCACUUGCCUAACCUAAGAGUUGCUAGGGGAGAUCAUCCUUACACGUGCGAAUUACAUUCAUUAAUUCCAUCCUUCUUAAGUAGUUGUUCUUCCUUCUUGUUUACAAAUCUUUAGACUACUUACACACCUAACCUUUACACUCGCUUUACCUUGACUUAGUUGCCUUGGUUUGUUCUACCUGUGUUGAGUCGACGUUCUUUCUCAUCGACCUAGAUUAUUUGCAACCUCUCUUCGCUAUACACUGCACUUGCUGAGUCGAUUGACACGAAAUAAUUGCUUGGGGAUACACAAAUCUGGGAAAGGCUUUAUUUGCUCUUUUACUAAAAUCAUUUCCUCAAUAUCUUCAUAAACAGCAUUUGUUCCUAGGAGUCUCCUAGAAAUUUCGUAUCUUCCCGUUAGACCGUUUGCUACGACCAUCAUGCACGCUGUAGCUUCUAUCCUCGCCUUGGCCUCCACGGCCUCGGCUAUCCAAGGAUUCAACUAUGGUUCUACCUUCACCACUGGUGCUGCUAAACAGCAAGCCGACUUCGAGUCCGAAUUCACCACUGCUCAGAACCUAAAGGGAACUGCUGGUUGGACCAGUGCUCGACUCUAUACUAUGGUGCAAGGCGGAACCGCAAGCGACCCCAUCUCCGCCAUCCCCGCUGCGAUCAAGACGAAGACCACCCUCCUUCUCGGCCUAUGGGCUUCAGGAGGUGAUACUUCUUUCGCCAACGAAUUGAACGCGUUGAAGGCUGCCAUUAAGCAAUACGGAGACGAUUUUGCCAAGCUCGUGGAUGGUAUCUCAGUUGGUUCUGAAGAUCUUUACCGAAACUCGCCCCAAGGUAUUGAGGCGGGUUCCAAUGUUGGUGCUGGCCCGGACGUCAUCGCUCGUUACAUCAAGGAGACCAAGGAAGCCAUCUCUGGCACUGGCUUAGAAAAAGCCCCUAUUGGUCACGUCGACACCUGGACUGCUUGGUACAAUGGUUCCAACCAAGCUGUUAUCGACGCUUGUGACUGGGUUGGUAUGGAUGCUUAUCCUUACUUCCAGGACACAAUGGCCAACGAUAUCUCCAAAUCGAGCUCUCUUUUCCAGGACGCGCUUGGUAAGACCCAACAAGCUGCUGGUGGAAAGUCGGUCUGGAUUACCGAGACGGGCCACCCCGUCAGCGGCAAGACUGUCGGACAGUCCGUUGCCUCGGCCGACAACGCUGAGAAAUUCUGGAACUCCGUCGUUUGCCCUCUGCUCUCGAGCAAGACGAACCUCUGGUACUACACCCUCCAGGACGCUGCUCCCGAUACCCCGAACCCCAGCUUUGGUAUCGUCGGUAACAAACUGACCACCACCCCGCUCUUCGAUCUCAGCUGCAAGGACGCCGUCUCCUCGUCUUCUUCCGCCUCCGCAGGUGCCUCAUCCACUAGCAAGGGUAGUGCCUCUGCGACUGGUUCCGGAUCCGGUAGCUCCGCUUCCGAGACCGGCUCCAUUAGCAACUCCGGCGGCAGCCCGACUGGCGUGCCUAGUGGCCAGAUCUCUAGCCAGGAAUCUGCCACCGUGACACCCACUGCUGCUCCUAACGCGACCGGUACUGGUUCCGGCUCAGGCUCGGGUUCUAACGCAACCUUCACCUCGUCGACGCCGGCCGGCUCGACUGUCCCCGCUAACGGCGCCGCUGGUCUGCAAUCCGGUGCCUUCGUCGCGGCUUUCGGUGCCCUAAUGGCUGCGAUCUACGCCUUGUAAGGUAGUCGUUUACCUUAACGACCCAUUGCUACUUUUCUUUCAGGGCUGGCGUUACGAGGUGGCCAUACUGCUAUUUGGAAGGAUCGGCCGGGAACGUAAAGCCAUAUGAUAUUGGCCAGGGGAAUGGAUACACGGAUAUAGAACGGUCUUUUUUUCAUGAACAAAAAAGAAUUCCCCUUGGAAGAAGAGGGAAAUGGACAAACUGGAUCAAGGUGGUCAUACAAUUUACAAUAUUUGUAAUGCGCUCGCGUUAGAUGCUGAGAUGGCUAGUCGCCGUUGAAUUCAUGAUACAUAUUUGUUUCCUAUUCUUAAUUAUGAGAGUCCGUUCUAUGAUGAUGUGAUUUGCUUUCAUGAUGGUGUCCUGCUCUGUCUAUGUGUUACGCUGGCCAAGUCCGAUAAACACGUGGGCUAGCGUCGCUGGACAGAAUACAGUACAAUAUUCUUUCCUA